GAUUUCUUGUUUUAUGCUGUGUUUUCGAAAUUCUGUAUUUGCACAUUUCGUACAGUUCUAUUUAUCCUUAUUGUGGUUAAUCUGCAAUUAUUAAAUAUCAAUCCUCGCGGUGUCUUGUUGUUUCAACGAAUGAGGCUGCUUUGCCGUGUAUGACUUCUUCUUUUUAGUCCCGCGUUUCAUCCUGAAAUCAGGUCAAGAUCGAUUUUGGGUUCUUCUGAAAUCCGCCAAGGCAAUCUACAGCGUGGUACUACGCACCAUUUUAUGGUCAUGAAGUGCUUUCAAUUCUAUAGUGGAGACAGAAAGGAUGAACCAAAGACACCAACAGCAAAUUCACUUCAGUCUUCAUUUACUGAUCAUGAAAUGAAGCAAUCUGGAUCAGAAUUAAAUUCUCAGGAUGUAUCAAAUACGAGCUCUGAGUCCAGAGGUCGCAACCAGUUCCCAAAUUUGUCUGAGAGGGCCAGUAAUCUCAAGGUCUUUUCCUUUUCAGAACUGAAACAAACAACAAAAAAUUUUGGCCGCACUACAAAACUUGGAGAAGGAGGUUUUGGAUGUGUUUUUAAGGGCGUCAUUAAGAGUUCUAAUGAUCCAGCCGAGAGAAUUGAUGUGGCUGUAAAACAACUGGGUAGAAGAGGACUCCAGGGUCACAAAGAAUGGGUGACAGAAGUUAACGUUCUUGGCGUUGUCGAGCAUCCAAAUCUCGUGAAACUUAUUGGUUACUGUGCUGAAGAUGAUGAAAGAGGUAUUCAACGACUUCUAGUAUAUGAAUACAUGCCCAAUGGAAGUGUGGAAGAUCAUUUAUCAAUUAGGUCCCUCACUCCCCUUUCUUGGGAUAUGAGGCUGAGGGUUGCCCUAGAUGCUGCACGUGGCUUGGCAUACCUGCACGAGGAAAUGGAUUUUCAGAUCAUCUUCAGAGAUUUCAAAUGUUCAAAUAUUCUCUUAGAUGAACAAUGGAAUGCUAAACUAUCAGAUUUUGGAUUGGCUCGAUUGGGUCCUUCAGAAGGACUAACACACGUAUCAACUGCGGUUGUUGGGACAAUGGGUUAUGCAGCUCCCGAAUACAUUCAAACAGGACGUCUCACAUCAAAAAGUGAUGUUUGGAGCUAUGGGGUGUUCCUUUACGAACUCAUCACUGGUAGACGCCCGUUGGAUCGACAACGCCCUAAAGGCGAGCAGAAGCUCUUAGAAUGGGUAAAGCCAUACCUUUCGGACGCCAAGAAGUUUCAACAUAUACUGGACCCAAGGCUUGAGGGCAGGCAAGUCCUUAAAUCAGCUCACAAGCUCUCACUCGUAGCUAACCGCUGCCUGUCCAGACUUUCAAAGACACGGCCAAAGAUGAGUGAAGUCCAGGAAAUGAUCAACCAAGUCGUUGAGGCAUAUACAGGCUGCGGAAGCCCUCAACCAUCUUUGAAGAGCAAAGACGACAACAAAGCUUCCGAGGAUUCCCAAUCUAAAGGUAAAAGGAGGCUAAGUGAUAUCAAAAUCGUGGACAGUGCCUGGCUGCUUCGAGUCUGGUCAUCAAAGCUCGUGAGAACUUGCUGAUUGCAAAUCAGUUUACUAGGGUACAUAAGGAUGACAAUUUAGUACACUAUCAAGAUACCAGUAGCAAACUGCAAAUUGAUUCUGACUCGCUAGCGUAAAUCUGGUUGAACGUGCUUUUGGAAUGUGACCGGCCUCGGAUUUGCUGAUAGUCGUUCCGCGAAAAACCUCUUCUAGGUGCCUCAACAAGGGCAGGCUCUAGAAUGUGACCGGUGUCGAUAGAUUCGACAUUGCAAUAGAAUAAAAGGUAUGGAAUUUGUUUGUGCAACCUUUAAUUGUUGUAAACUUGUAGUAAUACAUAUGAUGUGAGGUGAGGAGGUCUGAAUCACAAUGGGUUUAGUCAUUCCUUGGAUUGUUGUAACUUGAAGUAAUACAUAUAUGAUGGAAGCAUGUAUAUUUUUGGAGGAAACACUAUGGGUUGGUGUUGUAAAAUGUUUGUUUAUUAUCAAUGUUCAUUCUUUGCUGGCCUA